GAAGCCCCUAUGAUACCAUCUUCCAAGUUAUCCAAAGCACUCUCCAGAAGACUCAACUUCAUUAUUCGUUCAUACUCCGUACUACACAGUUUAUGGGAGUUUGCUCUCAAACUUUCAUUGAUUCAUUCUUCCCUAUUAUCAUACAUUCAAAUAUACAGGCUAAUCACUAAAAUAAUCUAAUGCAAUAUUAAUCACUUUCCUUUAUUCUGCGCUUAAUUCGGUUUGGUUUAUACAGCUUCAGUUGGGGCUCAAAUGAUGGCAACAAUCUCUGCUAACAAUUUCAAUUUCAGCUUCAAAAUUCAGCCCCAACCCAGAAAUUCCCACUUAGAAAAAUCUGUAAUUUUGAAUCAUAGAAGAAGAAUCUUAAAACCACCCUUGAAAAUUAAUCUUUAUUGUCAUUUCUUCAACCCCAGAAAAUGCUCUUGUCUUUCUGUUGUUUCUAAGGCCACUAGUGAUGCUGAUUCUGCCUCUCAACAUUCAACAGUUUCUGAUGUGGAUGCGACAUUUAGUAGCUUAUCAAGUACUGAUGAAAAUUAUGUGCCCUUGUUAGUAAGAAUGCUUGGACUGGACAAUGACCCCCUGGACAGAGAACAGGCAGUAAUUGCACUUUGGAAAUACUCUCUGGGAGGAAAGCAUUGUGUUGAUAAAGUAAUGCAGUUUCGUGGGUGUGUAAACCUCACUGUUCAUAAUCUAAGAUCCAAAUCUACCCAAGCCUGUGAAGCAGCUGCAGGUCUUUUAAGAAUGAUAUCUUCAGUCAAUGCAUACAGAGAUAUUGUAGCUGAAAGUGGGGCCAUAGAAGAGACAACUGCUUUAUUAAGAAGGCCUUCCUUGACGGCUGAGGUUAAAGAACAAAGUAUAUGUAUGGUGUGGAACUUGACAGCAGAUGAGAAGUAUAGGCUGAAGAUUGCAAACUCUGCUCUUUUGCCUGUACUUGUAAAGUGUCUGGAUGACCAGGACAUGAAGGUAGUUGAGGCAGCUGGUGGAGUUUUAGCAAAUUUGGCAUUGAGCUCUCCUAAUCACGGUAUCAUGGUCGAAGUUGAUGUGAUUCCUAGGCUGGCCAAAUUUCUAACAAAUGAAAUUGAAGGAUCAAAAGUCAUUCGAAAAGAAGCAAAAAAUGCUUUGCUUGAGCUUGUUAAAGAUGAUUACUAUAAGAUUCUUGUCAUGGAAGAAGGAUUGGUUCCUGUUCCUUUGGUUGGUGCUGCGGCUUAUUCUUCUUUCAAGCCAGCCUUGCAUUCAUGGCCCUCAUUACCUGAUGGUACUGAGUUUAGACGAAGUUCCAAAGGCCCUUCAAGAUAUGGCGCUUCUGAAUUACUACUUGGGUUAAAUGUUGAGGACAAUACUGAUAAAGUAGAUAAGUCCAAGAUGGAUGCAAUAGUUGGGCGAACACAUCAGCAAUUUUUAGCCCGUAUUGGGGCUAUAGAAACUGAAGAUGAGAGUAACCUGGAAAAGGGAAUUUCUAGUAGCUUCCACCAGACGUUGCUUCCAUGGAAGGAUGGAGUUGCACGUAUGGUACUGAUUCUUGAGCUGGAAGAUGAAACAGCCAUCGCAAAAGCGGCAGAUGCUAUUGCUGCUUCAGCAAUAAAUGAGCACAUGCGGAUCUCAUUUAGGGAAGCUGGAGCUGUCCAGCGUCUAAUUCACCUAUUAAGUCACAGCAGUCAUGCAGUGAGGUCAUCUGUUCUGAGUGCAUUGGAUAAGCUGUCUAUCAGCAAUUCUGUUUGUGGAACAAUGGAAGCAGAGGGUGUUAUGCACCCUUUGAUCAAUGUACUUAAUGAGUUGAAGACAACUGAAAGCCUAAUUGAAAAGACAGUGAGCAUUCUUGCAAGGAUUUGGGAUCCAAAUAAACAAAUGAAGUUAAAGUUUUAUGGUGGACCUAUUAAUGGCUCAACAAAAAUAAUUGAUUCAAGCAGUCAAAGUGUUACAGAAUUCAGAGGAAGUGAGGUAGAAAUGGAAAGUAUGCUAGACUCUACGCUAGCUGCUCGUCUUGUUGAUAUUUUGAAGAUUGAAUCCCCAAGUUUACAAACAAAAGUUGCAUCUAUCCUUGAAUACUGGAGUAUGAUUGAACAAUGCGUGGACGUCAUCCUUGCAACAGAAAUUGAGUCUGCUUUGAUAAAUUUCUUCACACAAAAAGUUCCAAGGGAUAUGGAAACUUUCGCUGAGUAUGAGGAGCCUGAUGUGGCUUAUGUUGAAGAUGUUGGGCUUGCUGUCUCACAAGCUUCAAGAUUGCUUACGAAGUUGCUUAAUUAUCAGCAAUUCCGACAGACUGUCGACUUGAAUCAUUUCAUAAAAUUGCUUCGGCAGAUUCUUAAGUCCGAUAUCCCUCUUGAUUACAAAGAAUGGGUUGCAGCCUGCCUAGUUAGGCUCAGCUUCUUUUCAAGUCCAUUUGAGAAUCCCAUUACCACCGAAGUUACUCUUUAUGAGACCAUUCCACGGCUAGUCGAGCAAAUAAAAACUGCCUUCUCAGCUGAUGCUCAAGAGGCUGCUGCGGUAGAACUUAACAGGAUAGUUUCUGAAGGUGUGGUAGAUGCAACGCGAGCUGUUGCUGCUCAUGGGGGUAUAUUCCAUUUAGUGAAGUUGUUAGAGCAAGGCAGCGAGCGGGCUGUUGAAGCUGGAUUGGCCGUUCUAUACAAUCUGAGUAUGGACAGUGAGAAUCAUUCAGCAAUAUUAGCUGCUGGAGCAGUGCCAAUACUAAGGAGAAUUAUCCUUUCACAAAAUCCUCAGUGGACUCGAGCGCUUCAUCUGUUAAGGAACUUGCCUGUGUGAUUUAAACUAUAAUAAGUAUCAUGAUUGAAUAUAUAACUCAGUAAAUUUUUGGAAAACAAGCUACUUAUGCAUGCACUUGUAAAGGUGACUCUGUUACCUCCUACAUCUGCGUCGUUUUGGUAAGACUGUUUUGUCCUGCUUUGAAGCUUCCAUGGGGGUAAUUUUUUAGACUUAAAAUGUUAAUAUCCUUCGCUGUAAUGUACGAGAGUUAGAUCGAAGGGCUAUUCCAAGAUAUGUACUCAGGUUGACUGAUUUUUCGUUAAAAUUGCUGAGCUAAUUUUAAGAGGAAUUCUCGUUUAACCACUGUCUA